UUGUUAAGAGUUAAAGAUAAGAAAACAAAUAAUACAAACGAUGCAUAAUUUGGAUUCAGACAGUGAAGAUGAAUUGCCACCAGGUUGGGAGGAAAAAUCCACCGAAGAUGGUAGUGUUUACUUCGUAAACACAUGCACAACCAAAACCCAAUGGACUCAUCCACGCACAGGCUGUAAGAAAGUUAUACCGAAAGAAUUGCCCUUUGGGUGGUCGAAAACUGUAGAUGAAGAGGGAAAAACUUUAUAUGUUCAGCAAGAAACUGGUCACAAGACAUAUGUGGAUCCCAGGCUAGCUUUUGCUAAGGAAGAGAAAAAACAUGUGCAUGAUUUCAGGCAGAGGUUUGAUGCGUCUUCAACUGCAUUUCAAAUUUUACAUGGUGUAGAUUUAUCUGGAAAAUAUGCCAUGAUAACGGGCUGCAACACAGGCAUUGGUUAUGAGACGGCAAAGUCUCUAGCGCGUCAUGGAUGCAAGAUAUUACUGGCCAAUCGGAAUAUGGAUGCCACACAAACAGCUAUAGAAAACAUUGUGAAAGAAACAAAUGCUGCUGAAGAAAAUUUAAAAGCCAUCCAGCUUGAUUUGUCAUCCUUACAAAGUGUGAAAAAGUGUGCAACAAUGGUGAAGACAUUAUUUUCUGAUCAUCUUGAUAUGUUGAUACUGAAUGCUGGAGUAUUUGGUAUCCCAUUCACAGAGACUGAAGACAACUAUGAGACAACAUUCCAGGUGAACCAUCUCAGCCAUCUGUAUCUGGCCAUCUUAUUGGAACCACUACUAAAAAAGGGCUCAAAGGUGAUUUUUGUUUCUUCAGAGUCCCAUCGUUUUGCCAGCCUAAAGAACUUGUUUGCACAGCAAAGCCUUUCGAUGUCUAAGGACCAGUACAGUGGAAUGAUGGCUUACAACAAUUCUAAACUCUUCAACGUUAUAACUGCAAAGGUCCUGAGCGAGGAAUGGAAAGGCAAAGGCAUUUGCGUGAACUCACUUCACCCAGGCAACAUGGUGUACACCAACCUGAGCAAGUCUUGGUGGCUAUACAGGCUAGCAUUCAUGUUUGUUCGACCUUUCACCAAGUCUUGGCAACAAGCAGCCGCCACGACAGUGUACGUAGCCACGGCGGCGGAGCUCGAAGGCGUCACGGGCCUGUAUUUCAACAACUGCUUUUACUGUGAAGAGUCCGCUUUAUGCAGGGACAAGGAUAUAGCGAAUGAAGUCAUCGCUUUGUCGCUAAGAAUGGUAGAGCAACGCGUAGGCCCCGAUGGCCUUCAGAAAUAUUUGCAGAAAUAUUGCCCACCUAGUAGUAGUGUUCAGGCUUAAGGCCCGUUUACAAAAUGUAUAAAGAAUGAUGAUGUGCGAUAUCGUAUAAUUUAUUG